AUGCAUCCUCAACAGACACCAAUAUUUGUCGAAACCAAAUGUCAACGAAUAUACAACCCUUGCAACUUCACUAAAUAUGUCGCAAUCAAUUCCACCGCACCUCCCGACGACUUUUUACCCCCCAAGAGUUCUUGGCGCGAUCUGAAGAAACAACUGCAAGAUCAAGGCGCCCUCACGCUGGAAGAUCAUCGUCUAAUCACCCACACCCAACUCUCACCGUUAGAAAAUGUCACCAAAUGGCAUCUCACUGUCCCGGGAGCGCACCUUGGCUUUGCCCACACUUAUUCUCGUCCACCGGCACCAGAACUUGCUCCGUCAAACUUCCAUCGAAUCUUUGACGCAUUCAAAUACUACAUAGUCCACAUCGUGGCACCAGUCCUUGAGAAGAGGAGCAAUACUAUGCUACUCCGUCUCAUUAACUCUCCAGACAAAGGCAAUUGUGAACGAUAUCCUUUUCGACUACCGCAGAAUCAGAAGACCGUCCGCGACUAUGCGCAUAUCUUUUCCUGCAUGAUGACUUUCGUCGUUCGUGCCGCCGACAAGGCCAUCCCCGGCUUCCCCGUUACUACCACGGACUCGCAGCUAUACCUAAUAAGGCAAUUCCUGAAUUCGAAUAUCCCGGAGGACCUGGUCCACGCACCUCCUUCCUUUUGGGACCUAGUACAUCAAGUCUGUUGGUCCAUGCUCACAUCCAUCCCGGUCUCGAAUGAAUUUAACGAACUCGACAUUCCUUUGACACGUUUCUUGAUUGCCUACCACUUGCGAGACGACCUGUCCGCUAGAUUCAAAAUGGCAACCCACAUCUGCCACAACAUGAUCGCCAUUCAAUGGUGCUGGCGUGCUAUGGGGCUGUACCAAUGCAAAAAGCUCGCAUCCUCAAAGGAAAACGGCGAGAUGGGCGUAUACGAGGACAUCUCCAAAUAUCUGACGGAGGGCGGCCACUCCCCCUUUGCUGUCCUUCGAUGCCACAUCCAUCCCAUCACUGCGAUCUCGAUGCAAGAGCCCAGCCUCCCUCUCUUCCUGAUGGGGGCAGACAUGGAGACUUUCUCCUUUAAAUCUCAUCCGUUCACUAUGUCCUCUUUCAAAGAUUUCGCAGUAGGCCUGGUCUCUUCAUCCGAGUCGCUGCUGCUAUCCCUUCUCGACGGACUCGAUAUUACGGACCUUGAUGCACGCAUCCACACUGCAUUGUCACUUGACAACAGCGACGGAUGA